AUGACCUGUACUGCACUUUUAAAGCUAAUAAUGAAACAUUAUUUGUCUCUACUGGUAUUGUGCCUGCACAUGGUCACAUGUGGCGCAGAGCCCGGUGUAGCGGCAGGCCCGCUAGGAUGGAGGGAUAAGGAUGAGAGCAUUUCUCAGCAAGCCUCGCACUUAGGCCUGCUGAAACCCCUGAGGCUCUUCUCCCAAAUGUCCUUGACCAGUGAAGUCCCCCAGUUGCCCGCAGUGCAGGACUUGUGGGCCUGGCUAUUCAAUCGCACGCAAGACAAUGAAGAGAUUCUGUCCAGGACCAAGCGGAGGCCCAUCGUCAAGACCGGGAAGUUCAAGAAGAUGUUCGGGUGGGGUGACUUCCACUCCCACAUCAAGACGAUCAAGCUGAAUAUGCUCAUCACAGGCAAAAUCGUUGACCACGGCAACGGCACGUUCAGUGUCUACUUCCGCCACAACUCCACAGGACUGGGUAACGUCUCAGUGAGCCUUGUGCCACCCUCUAAGGUUGUUGACUUUGAGAUCAGCCAACAGGAAGCACUGGAUAUUCUAAAGGACACCAAGUCCUUUAACUGCAGGGUGGAAUACGAGAAGACAGACCGGAGCAAGAAAAAUUCCGCUUGCAGCCAUGACUCGAGCAGGUUGUGCUUCCAGGAGCAGACACAGAGCCACAUCUCCUGGCUCUGCUCCAAACCCUUUAAGGUCAUUUGCAUAUACAUUGACUUCUUCAGUGCUGAUUAUAAACUGGUUCAGAAAGUCUGCCCGGACUACAACUACCACAGUGAAACACCCUAUACUUCAAAAGGGUAGCAUUCCCCCGUUACUGAAAGAGCUGAAAUGUCUUCAGAUGUAUAACCUCCCAGACCCAAUGCUUUUUUACAUUCUUGUAUUGACUAAGCAAAGAACAAUGUACUAGGUGAAGGUAUUGUUUUAUUUCUCAUUUUGUCAAAAAUCCCAGAAGAGCAAAAAAUCAGUACAAAAAUCUUGUUUGCAUGUUUGGACGAUUCAGAAAUGUUGUAAUAGUAUUUGUUCAUAUGACCGUUACCAUUAAUACGUACUGGAGAACCGAGUGGCACAACAGCAAGGCCUUCACUCUAUUGUCAUGAAUUUCUGACAUUGUUGAGUUUAGAUCUCAACAGUGUCAUAGCCGGCUGCUCAGGUAGCACAGAGGUAAAAUACGCUAGCGCACCAGAGCUGGGAUUUCGGAUACAUCUUAUCGAAUCUCAGCUCUGCCAUCCGGCUGGGCUGGGCGGCCACAUGAACAACGAUUGGCUGUUGUUCAGGGUGGGAUGAGCCGGCCCAGGGUUCCUCAUAACUGGUGCAAUUACGACCUCUCCUGGCUGAUUGAUGGCGUCUGUGCAGAGUUGGGGAAUAAUGCUGAUCAGGGUGUGGCUCUCCGUGCACAAGGCUGAUCCGCAUAUGAACUCGCCUCGUGCAGGUGAAAAGAGGCAGUCAGUACUGCACACGUGUCACUCCUCAGUCAGCAGUGGAGGGUUGUAUUGGUAGAGGUGAAGUGUAACGCAAUCAGGGUAAUUAGAUACGACUAGAUUAGGGGAGAAAAUUGGGGGUCAUAAGCCAGUUGGGAUCAGGAUGGCUAAAAGCUAGUAAUCCCCUAAAUUACUAGCAUUUUGCUGGUAAUUUUGACCUAAUCAUGUCUGCAUUCAACACGUGUACAGCAAGUAACCACCAUCACCCCAAUAUUUAAAAUAUCCCUGACUAUGACAUGGACAGUUGUUGUGAAAUAGACAUUACCAUGCACAUUUUUCAUGGAGGGGCAAGCACUAUAUCACAGCUAAGCAAGCCACGAUAAAGUCCUACUGCAGUCCAGUCUUCCCGGUUCCUUUUGUACCGUCAAUUUUGCUUAUUAAAGAAAAGAAAAACUGAACUUCAGGAAACUGAACUGAUUGAUGUGUUGACCACAAGUGUAAUACUGCAGUAUCUUAAGCGAUAAUUAUUGGUUACUUGGUCAGUGAGAAAUAACAUAAAUUUUAACAUUGUACCAUGUUGUUUUUCCUUUAUUUAUAUGUUACUUGUCUGUCGGAGGAAGUAUUACAUUUUGU